CGAGGGCAGCGCCGACGGCGAUGUACGUUGAGGUGGAUAGUCGCAAUCAUGCCACCACCCUGACGCACGUUCCCGUAUCCACGGUGCGUGUACGUCGACGACGCAGAGGUGGAAAACCGAGCCGGAGCCUCCGCAAUAAAACGAAUCUCGCGGGGCAUAGUAUACCUGUUUUAUUGCGGAACGACACGCGAGAACCGGAAGUGACAGGAAGUGUAGAAGAGUUGAGAACAAGAGAAGACAACUUUACAGCGACGACCAGCGUGACACGAUCAUCGUACAACGACCACGACGAGGAUAGGCAGUGAACGAUCGAAAAGGAAGAAGGACCAGGGUCGAGUAGAGCCAGAGACCGGUGCGCAACGGUGGAGAGUAACAGAGGAAGCAACGAUCGACGCGUCCACGGUGGCCCAUCGAUGCCGGAGCGUCGAGACGCCACAUCACGGCACGAGGUCCGUUGGUGGUACGCGUAAAACGAGAAGAACCGUGGAGGUGGAAGGAAGGAAGGAUGACGGAGCAACGUUCAGCAGGGAGACGAGGCGCGUGCGAUUUUUGGUAACGGGUCAGCGCGACGACACUAACGAAGACGACGAAGACGAAGACGACGAUAAGGAGCACGACAACCACAACGAUUACGACUACGACCACAAUCACGACGAGGAAGAAAAAGAAAAAGGCAAAGAUUACGACGUGGGUGGUGGGGAAACAAGUUGGUGGUGGAGGAGGAGGAGGUGGUGGAAGACUAGAAAGUGGUGUUAAGAGAUGCAGCAACAGCCAGCGCCAAACGGGGUGGCAGGUGGUGCUGAAUUGCCUCAAACAGGUGGCAUAAGCACUGCCCAACCUGGAGCGACAGGUACCGCCACGGCGGCGUCUAAUCGUGCCCAGGUUAACGGUGGCAGAUUCGAUUUCGACGAUGGCGGCACCUACUGCGGCGGUUGGGAAGAUGGAAAAGCUCAUGGACACGGCGUAUGUACGGGACCCAAGGGCCAAGGUGCAUACUCUGGUAGCUGGCACUUUGGUUUCGAGGUCUCCGGUGUCUACACCUGGCCUAGUGGAUCGGUUUACGAAGGCCAGUGGCAGAAUGGGAAACGCCACGGUCUGGGCAUGGAAACCCGUGGACGGUGGAUUUAUCGCGGCGAAUGGUCUCAAGGAUUCAAGGGUCGAUACGGUGUCAGACAAUCGACCACGUCCACGGCGAGGUACGAGGGCACGUGGGCGAGUGGACUUCAGGAUGGAUACGGUUCAGAGACCUACGCGGACAGCGGCACGUAUCAAGGUCAGUGGUACCACGGCAUGCGGCACGGCUAUGGCGUGAGAGCGAGUGCUCCGUUUGGUUUGGCGAGUCAUUACAAACCGUCAAAGCACGUCAGGGCUUCCUUAACGUCUCUGAGGAGCGCGGACGAUGGCGGAGCAGUGGCACCAACACCAGAACCGACCGACAGAAGGGAUCGUCGUGUCGGUGACAGUAGGGGUGGUUUCGUGUUAAAAGCUAGAAGCGACAAUCCACCAGCAAGGAGAAAGAGUCUCACGGAGAAAUCCUUGAAGAAGGGCAUUCUUUCGGGACUGAAGAUUCGAAAGCAAAGAAGUACAGGUGAUCUAGAGAAACAUGGUACUGGGGGCAGUAUUAGGAGUAAUGCUAGCUCAGCAUCGUGGAUGUCGACAGAAAGCUCGCAGAGUCAGGCUUCGGCAUCUGUUCAUACGGACAGCAAUGCGUCCUUCGUCAUCGAGGACGAACAAAUGGACGCCUCGGUGACCGAGACGUACCUCGGCGAGUGGAAGAACGACAAGAGGACAGGCUUCGGUAUAUCGGAGCGUAGCGAUGGCUUGCGAUACGAGGGUGAAUGGUUCAAUAAUCGAAAGUACGGAUACGGUGUGACAACGUUCCGCGAUGGCACCAAGGAAGAGGGCAAGUACAAGAACAACGUGUUGAUCACCAGCCAGAAGAAGAAGCAUCUGUUCCUUAUCAGAUCGGCCAAGUUCCGUGAGAGGAUAGAGGCUGCGGUGAAUGCGGCUCAAAGGGCGAGCAAGAUCGCUCUUCAGAAGGCGGAUAUAGCGAUCUCGAGAACAGCCACUGCGCGAGGAAGAGCCGAGUUGGCGGAUGCAGCUGCCGAGCAAGCGAGAGAAGAUUCGGAACUGGCUCAGCAGACGGCGAAGCAAUUUGCGCCGGACUUCCGACAACCUGGACUCGAGAGAUUACGUAACAGGGAGAUACCGAAGUACGUGCCACCACCUCAGGACAGUAUUCCAGCGAAGAGUAUUCUUCACAAGGGGGGCAGCGUGGAUCAACCUAGCUCUACGCCUAUGAAGAACCAGACCUCGGAAACAACGUCGGGAACAACUACGUCAGCGACAACCACGGCAAGUAACGUGAUGCAGUCGAUUAGAAGAGCCAGCAUGAAGCCGCAGAGCCAAUUGUCGCAAAAUCAACUGUUGAGCAAUCAAUUGCCACAAAAUCAGCUACCGCAAAAUCAGUUACCGCAGAAUCAGCUAUCACAGAGCGAGCUAGCGAAUCAGGUGACCCCAGCUCAACUGGUGAACCAGCUACCUCUGAAUCAAUUGAACCAGACUACCUUGAGCGGUCAAAAUCUUUAUCAAACGCAAUACCCUCAAUCGAUGGCUCAGAAUCCUAUUCAACAGUAUCCUAACAGUAUACCGAAUCAGUAUCAGCCAAUGAGUCAGUUCCAGGGAGGGCAAUACGCUCCGCAGAAUCAGUACCCUGUUCAAGGUAGUCCCUAUAAUCAGCCUCAAUAUCAACCUAUGAAUCCACCUCAGGGCGAUCAGUAUUUGUACCAACAACAGCAGCAAGUUGGACCACACGCGUAUCAGAAUAUGCAAGGUUAUCCUAGUCAGCAGGUAAUAACACAUUAAGUAGAUUACUAGAUCUUCUUUUCGAUUAAACUGUGUAGGUUAUAUAAUUUUGUGCAUAUAUAUCAAUCCUGUUCAAUUUCUUUUUAGACGUUACCGAAUCAAUAUGGGCUAAGUCAAAUGAAUCAAUACAACUCCCAGCAAAUAUAUGGGGAAUCGCAACAGCAGCAAUUACCACCCCAAUCACAAACCCAAAUUCCACAACAAUACGAGCCUGAUGGCGACGCAAAACGACCACCGAGUUCUACGAGUAUACGAAGAAACAGCAGGGUUUUAUCUCCCCAGGAUCGACCCAAUACCAUUGGGCAAACGCUGAACGACAGGCUAGAUCAUUAUAAGAGGCCGCCCAGUCGUGAUAGUUCCGUAGAUCGAUACGCUAGAGCGCAUUCCCGAUUGACUGGAUCGAGACAGCCGUCCGUCGAUAAAUCCGUCACGAAUCCAUCCCUAGAUAUGCUCGACAGAUCUAUGAGAGCACCGAGCGCGAUUCGGUCGGGCACACCAUUAAACGGAUCCGUAGUGGGAAGCGGUGCCGCAACGCCGACGUACGCUGCCUCGACUUCCGGUCAAUUCGAGGGCGCCCUCCUGAAGAAUCGUAACCUUGGACAAGAUAUUCUGCCGAGUCCAGGGCAGCCUAAACGUACAGAAAGCCUCUACGUCGCUCCCGGACGCGGUUCGACCGCAUCCGGUGGCGGAGGCGGUGGCGGAGGUGGCAUGUCGAAGGUGAGUCUUCUUUCUUUCGUACUUACCAUCCACCACAUAGAUAUUACAUUCGCAUAUUCUUAUGUCUCUUUACUUGUCACGCGACAUCGAUGUCCUUGCACUUGCGUCACGAGACCUCGAAAAGGAGCUGCGAGCUUUUUGGAUCUGAACUUCACACGCUAA